UUUGCAUUGGUAUACAAUAAAUAUUUUGUAAUUUUGAGCAAAGCAUAAUGUUUUAAAAUGUUAUUUUAUUUGUUUCGCAUUCCCUAUAUAUUACUAUCGGAGGUGUGCACUGGUCGAGUCCACCUAGAAAAAUCACUCAGGUGUGACAAUCACAUUUGGGGUAUAUACGGGUAGAGUAAAUUAGGCUACCUGAGAGAAAUAUGGCGGAUAAGAUGAGAAAGGUGUACGUAUUUAUUAAUUCAUGUCAGCUUUAAUAUAAACAGUUUUUAAAAAUGGCGGCCGCCGUGAAACGAAACAAGAAAGGUCGAUUUAAAAAAACCGGUACGGUACGGUCAGUAAAUGUUAAUGAACUUACUCUGGAUCAUAAUUAUGUGUCAGGACAUUAUUGUGAAGGGGAAUGUUGUGAGGUGUGUUUUCCCGGGAUGAAAACGUUGAUAAACAGUAGAAAAUUCAGUUCUACGGGGUGGAAGAACGGUCGACGAAUCGUUGAGUGGUCGUCAAUUAUAGACGCACUUUCCAGUUGUCAACAUUGUAAAUGCGGGCCUCUUUAUUUAACUAAACACACAGUUAAGGGCGAGAUGAAACUGGGACUAGGUGGAUAUCUCUAUAUCUAGUGUACACUCUGUCUCCGGCUGAACAGGAUACCGUAUGGGAAGACCCACAGAAGUGAGAAACAAAACGACAAGGGGAUGCCAAGUUUUUGCAUAAAUACUAAAGUCGGCGCAGCAAUGAUAGACAGUGUUGGUGGACCCCAGCGGAUGAACAACCUGCUUACCACCCUUGACCUUCCCUUCAUAAACAACAAAAGUUUGAAAACAAUGGAAAGAAGAGCGGGCCAGUUCAUCGAGAAAUAUGCAGAAGAAAACAUGAAGAAAGAAAGUGCCAUGGCCUAUGAGAAAGAAAUGAUAACUAUUUCACAGAAAGAAGAGGAUGUCAAGGAGGAGUUUAGCAACUUAGGGGUUGCUGUUAUUUCAGAUGAAUUUCAUGGAGAUGUGUCUAGACUGGCAGACCAAAGUACAUGCACCUCUUUUGAUUCUCCAGGUGAUGGAAACAGCUCUAAAGGAUCCAAACUUGAGCAGGCUACUUAUGAAGUGAUUCUGGAUCCCAAUAAAGAUGUCGCUUCUUAUGAUGCCCACAGAUCAAAGAAACCGCAUCCAGCAGUCAAGAAACUCUCUUUCCCUCCUAAGUCCCGUAAAGGCAUGACAGUUUGCAUCGACCAUGGAUGGCAAAAAAGGGGGUUUGACAGUUUAACAGGGCAUACAUUCAUGAUGAGCAAAGAAAAUAAGGUUUUGAAGGCAGUUGUAACACACCGCACUUGUGGAGUAUGCAAAUGGUGGAAGAGAAAUAGACCAGGAGUAAAAGUUCGGGAACAUCGUUGUGUGUGGAAUCACAGAGGAUCUGCCAGGGCCAUGGAGAGUGAAGCAGGCCUGAAAGCCAUCAAGGAUAUGAUCCAAGAAGGUACGCCUGUAGAUGUAAUAGAGGGUGAUGGUGAUAAUACUCUUGUGGCUCGUAUACAUAAGAGUCUUGGAGUGACUGUUAAGAAAUAAAUUGACAGGAAUCAUUGCAUAAAAAACAUAGUCAAACUUCUCUAUGAUCUUCGCAAUAGGAAGGAUGUUAAAAUCAGUAAUAUGGUAAUUCAGCAUCUCCAUAAGUGCAUAAAGUAUGUAUUUAGUAAAAACCAAGGUGAUGUAGAUGGGAUGCGUGAGAACCUACAGGCACUUAUACCUCACCAGUUUGGAGAUCACAACCAUUGUCAUGCUCGCUUCUGUGGUUACAAGCGAGUAGGAAACACACAGAAAUAUGCACACAGAAGUUUGCCAUACAAAGCACCACUUAGUGACCCUUUACUACGUGAAAAACUUGAUUUACUUUUUGAACCAGUUAUUGCUAAGUCUGCCAUGUAUGUUGACCUUGGCUCCAGUCAAGCAUGCGAGUAUGCAAAUCGUGCAGCGAUGCUGAAGGCCCCUAAACAUUUACAUUAUGGGGAGAGUGAAAGCCUAGAUUUCCGCAUUCAUGCAACAGCAGCCAGCAUAAAUAUUGGAAGGAAAUAUCUCUCAGAGGUCUACUUUAGCAUUGAAGUUUUAGUUCCAAUGAUGUUUCUGUUUUGGGUUUUGAGUUGUUUUCAGUAAAAAUGGGCUUUCCCCUGGUCACUUCAACAUGAAGUUCUCCAACAAAGUGGAUGAAUACAGAGUGAAACGAAGGGAGAAGAUGAAAUUGCCAGGGACAAAACGCAGACGUCUUAUCCUAAAACAAGAAAGAGCAAUGCAAAUGAAUGCAUCCGAGGCAUCUGAGGGGUCCACCUAUCAAUCAGAGAUUGGUUUAGGUACAGAGGCUGACAUUGAACAGAUUCCGAAUCCCAUUCCCAAGCCAAAUUUUGGUGCUGUCCAAAAGCUGAAGAACAUGGAGGCAAAGUACAUUAUAUUUGAUCUUGAAACUACAGGCCUUAUCAGACAAGGAGCUAUGCCUCAUAUAACUCAAAUUGGCGCAGUGGAGAUAGAGUCUGGAAAUGUGUUUUCAACUUAUGUUCAGCCAAAGAUUCCAAUAGAGCCCGGAGCAGAAGAAACAACAGGAAUAGUCUGUGAUGGGACCUCUGUAUUUGCACAUGGAUCCAAAGUUACUGCAGUCCCCAUAUGUGAAGCAAUAUUGAACUUCCUCAAGUGGCUAGGUACAUUUGGCAAAUAUGGAAUUAUACUGGUUGCUCACAAUGUCCGUGUGUUCGAUUUCCGUGUCCUUUCCCAUGCCAUUGACUGUAUUGGAUUACAGGAAGACUUUCUAGAAAUAGUGUCUGGUUUUACUGACUCAUUGUCUUUGAUUCGUUCAAAACAUAAGAAACUUGAAAAGUAUUCACAGAUUUUUUUAGCUAAGCACUUCUGUAAUGAGACUUAUUCUGCACAUGAUGCAGUGGAAGAUGUGAAAAUGCUCUCAAAAAUUCUAUCAGUUGCUGUUUCACAAAGUGAAUUGUCAAAAGCUGCAUAUGAUGCAGAAACCCCUUUUCUUCAAGAUAAGUUUAAUUCCGCAAAAACAUUAUAUCUGCCAUCAUUGAAUAUUCUGGUUGGUAAUGGUGUUAUGAAAAUGAACAUGGCAGAGAAUGUUGCAGGCUCCGGACUUGGCCUACAUCAUCUGAAACUAAUACAUAAGCGUUCUGGUGAAGAUGGUCUGCGCAAUAUUUUUUGUGCCCAAACCUCUCGUGGUAAACCACGAGUUACGAGUGAUUGUAAGGUUUUGGAUUAUGUAGUACCUAAAUUAUGUCAGUUUUUUUCACAAUAGAAAUGUUGACAUCUAUUACUUAGAAGUUACUUUAUACAAACUUGUACAGUGCAAUGAUGUGUCUUAGACUCAGAGCACUUUUAUGUUAAGUUUGUGAGUAAAAUGUCCGGAGUUUACAAAUCGAUAAAUUCUUCAAAAAGAAUGUUUGAUUCUUAUAAUUCCAGUUCAUUCACUUUAUUAACAAUUGCAAAAAUUUGAAUAGUUUCCCCACACUAUGUUAUUUGUUUUCAGGUGUGUAUGAAUACAUUGCGUUUUCGGAUUUAUUGAUGUGUAAACUCUUGUUCAGCUUUAUUUUUGUCCAAUCAAAACAAUUGUAAUAAAUAACAUUGGAAUUAUUUUAAAGUAUGUUUUAUAUGAUUAGAUUCCUAAAUUGUGCCAUUUUUUAUCUGUUCAAAGCAUGCUGCUGACCAAGAAUUUUUAGGUCACCCUAGUCACUCUCAGAUGAACUAGUGUUGUUGGUCUUUGUUCGUCGCCAUGUGUUGUCGGCUAACAUUUUUACAUUUUUCAUUUCCUCUUGAAAACAUAGACUAGGCUAAUGUUACCAAUAGGGCUGUGGAGUGAAAAUGUAUUAUAUUUCAUAAUUUUAUUAUUAUAUUGAAUCAAAUUCUAUAAAAUCUUUAUUUUCAGACAAGUGUGUGGAUAAAAUAAUUGCGUGGCCUAUGUAUGGGGUAUGGUACUCAGGUGAUCGUUAAGGCCUGUGGGCCACUUGUUUAUUACAUGUGCAUGUAACCAAAUUGUCAUAAAUACUGUUAUUCAUUUUGUGCAUAUAUGUACAUGUGUAUCCUGAACCAGAAAAUCAUGAAAUUAAUCAUACAAUACAAUUGAGACAUCUCGA